AUGGCAUCAGCUGCUACACCAGCAUCUCCUUCUACCAAGAAGACAACCAACUAUGCCCGACUCUGUCGCCUUCUGGUGGAUGUUGGAUCCCAAGCCUUGAGAGACACUUUUGAUACCAUUCAUCCUCCAAAAGGACUUCAUACAGUUUUGGGGCGUCAUCCAGAGCAUGCAACACUAAAGUCUCUAAAGAGCAAGAGGGUCUUGAAUGCAACGCAAUGGGGGAAACUGUAUCCAGCUAUUCCUUCAUCUGUUUCGUCAAAAGGGUUUGAUAUCACCCUACUGAUGGUGUUACUGAGGAACAUCUGUAAGUUGGCUCCUCCAAGCACUGGAUGGGACAGUCUUCCCCCGUCUACAGAUUUCAGUAAGCAGGCCAACAUCGCUAGGCUGAAAUACUACCGUAAUACUGUGUAUGGCCAUGCCAGCCAAGCCUCUGUGGACGAUGUUGCAUUCAACAACUACUGGCAGGAGAUUAGCAAUGCCAUAGUGGGACUGGUAGGAGCAGGUUAUGGAGCUGCUAUCAGUAACCUUCAGAAUGAGUGUAUGGACCCUGAUACUGAAGAACACUACAGCCAGCUGCUGAAACAGUGGAAGAAUGAUGAAGACAAUGUUAAAGAAAAGCUCCAAGAAAUUGAAGGUGCAUAUAAUACGUAGCGAAGAAUGUAACCUUAAUCAAGCAAAAGGUGUCGGGAGGAAUGACAAAAUCAGCCUUGGACAUUUAGGUUUUGAUUGGUGUAGUUAUGUUUCAGUCACGACUUUUUAAUGUUACCCACUGGUAAUCUACAGUGGCCAUAUUCCACAUUGGCCAAGAAUACUCGGGCAAAUCGUCAUCUGAUCAAAAGCAAAAAUAAAACCAAUCAAGAUACAAUGGUAAACAGACAGGUGCUGAAGAUUAAGAAAAAUAAUCCCUAGAGGGAUUUAUCGCUUGGUGAAAUCACAGAUUCUCAAAAACAGGUUUAGAUAAAGAAAAAAAUUUUGUCUAGAGAAAGAGAUAUUCUGAUUCCACAUGAGGAAUCGAACCUCAGACCUUCGGAUUCCGCGCUGCACUGCUGUACUACUGAGCCACAGAGACGCUAUGGUGAGCUAGGCCCAUUACGCAGUUCCUAUAUGACACGCGUCCUGCAUGCUACUAAGAUCAGCAAUGUCGAUAGCAGCCUCUUUUUAAAUAGAAUAAGAAAGAUCGUAAAUUUUGAGUUCGGCUAAAGAAAUAGAGAAGAAUGUUUUUUAUCUUGUCACGAGCGUGGGAAAAACAAAACAAAACAAAAAAAGCUAAAGAGAGAAAAAAAAAACACUAGAUAGUUACCAAUGAGAUCAAGGGAGUGAAAGGGUUUAUGAAUGUUAUGUUAAAAAAGGUAAGACUUUGCUGCAGGAAAACUAACGUGGUUUUUCACUCUCAGCCAGCACAUGGAACAUUAAAAAAGAUCUUAAUCAGCUGAGAUGUGAAGUAGGAAAUAUUGUGGAAAAAUUGGAUACGAUGAUGGCUCGACAACAGGAAACAAAGGAUCGAGGUAAGUUUAGGAUGAAACUCCAUCUCUCUCGCCUAACCUCUGAUCAAAAACUAAAUUAUGUUUUUGCGUGAGAUUUAUCAAUCUUUAGCACAUAUCUUUGUUAGCUUUUAACGCUUGUUUGCGCGUUAUUUGUACCUGAGAAGACAUUUAAUCCUUUCAAAGAGGAUUUAGACCCAAUUUCGAAGGGAAGUUCUAACUUACGAAACCGUAAAAAUGUUGUUACCCUCAGAUAAAGUGACGAACGACUUUGACUGGAUGAGAACUGAAGUUGGAAAUCUACGUGACAAGCUGGACACUUUAAUGGCACUUCAACAUGAAGCACAAGAUCAGGGUGAAUUCUUAAUGCAAUUUAUUACGUCACUUUUGCAAUUAAAAUUAACCUUUUAAAAUUGAGAAGUAUGGGAGGUGCUUUAAAAUUUUCUAACCUAUCAACCGUCAAAGCACAGUGAGGUGCAUAUCGCUGUAUGCGGUUUGAUCAUUUUAAUGGUUAAUGAAAAUGUACCACAACCCCUCCCCCCCCCAAAAAGAAAAACAACAGCAAGAAACAAUAAAAACGAAAAAAAGGUAUUAAUGGUUCUAAUUCUCCCAAAUAAAUUAAAAGGAAUGAAUGAAGGUUUUUUGGUUUUCCAUUGUUGGUUGUUUCAUAUACGCAUGAAAUACGAAUAAAAACUUGUUUCAGCUAAUUCUUUUAAAGUAAAGGGAAAAAGAAACCUGGACUUAUUUCAGACAAAUAUGUGUUUUGAAAUUUAGAAAAAAUGACAAAUGACAUUGAUCAGAUGAAAAGUGAAAUUGGAAACAUACAAGACAAGUUGUCAAGUUUAAUGAUGGCCCGAAAAGAGGAAACACAGCAUCAAGGUUAG